CUCUAUUGCUGUAUCGAUUGCGGUGCAUUUGUGCAUGGCGUUGGAAUUGCGUUCCCUUUGAGCAGCAAAACUUCAACAAUGAAGAUAGAAGAAGUUAAAAGUAACACAAAGACUCAGCGCAUCGCAGCCCACAGUCAUGUCAAAGGGCUCGGUCUUGACGAAAAUGGCACGGCGAUUGCUGUUGCCUGUGGCUUGGUCGGCCAAGAGCAAGCGCGGGAGGCUGCCGGGAUCGUUGUCGAGAUGAUAAGGUCCAAGAAGAUGGCCGGAAGGGCUGUCCUUCUGGCGGGACCUCCUGGCACUGGGAAGACGGCCAUUGCCCUUGCUAUAUCCCAUGAACUGGGCAACAAAGUCCCCUUCUGUCCUAUGGUCGGCAGUGAAGUGUAUUCAUCUGAGGUGAAAAAAACUGAAGUGCUGAUGGAAAACUUCAGGCGAGCCAUUGGUUUGCGAAUCAAGGAAACCAAGGAAGUGUACGAAGGUGAAGUAACAGAACUGACACCGUGUGAGACUGAAAACCCUAUGGGCGGUUAUGGCAAGACUGUCAGUCAUGUCAUAAUUGGCCUCAAGACUGCCAAGGGUACCAAGCAGCUGAAGUUGGACCCAACAAUUUACGAGAGUCUCCAGCGCGAGAAGGUCGAGGUCGGCGACGUCAUCUACAUCGAGGCCAACAGUGGUGCCGUCAAGAGACAAGGAAGGUCUGACGCUUAUGCCACUGAGUUUGAUCUUGAGGCAGAAGAGUAUGUGCCGCUUCCCAAGGGAGAUGUUCACAAGAAGAAAGACGUCAUACAAGAUGUGACGCUGCAUGACCUGGAUGUUGCUAAUGCCAGGCCUCAGGGCGGCCAGGAUAUUUUGUCCAUGAUGGGCCAACUGAUCAAGCCUCGCAAGACAGAAAUCACCGACAAACUGCGCAAGGAGAUCAACAAGGUGGUGAACAAGUACAUUGAUCAGGGCAUCGCUGAGUUGGUGCCUGGAGUACUCUUUGUUGACGAGGUUCACAUGCUGGACAUCGAGUGUUUCACCUACCUCCACCGCGCCCUAGAGUCUUCCAUAGCACCUAUCGUCAUCUUCGCCACCAACCGUGGCCGUUGCACGAUUCGGGGAACUGAAGAUGUUGUUUCUCCUCAUGGUAUCCCCCUGGACUUGUUGGAUCGGUUGUUGAUCGUGAGGACAAUGCCAUACACAAGAGAGGAAAUGGUUCAGAUUCUCAGAAUAAGGGCACAGACAGAAGGCAUAGAAAUCGACGAAGAGUCUUUGCAGGAACUGGGAGAAAUCGGCACACGCACCACACUCAGGUAUGCUGCGCAGUUGCUGAGUCCAUCAAGCCUACUCGCCAAGGUUAACGGUAGGACAUCCAUCCGCAAGGACGAUGUCAAGGAAGUCAACGACCUCUUCCACGAUGCCAAAUCCUCUGCCAAGAUUUUGGCAGAAAACAACGACAAAUACAUGAAGUGAAGAUUCUGUUAUACCAUUUGGUGUUCUACAGGCGCUAUCACCACAGCCACUUCGUCUCUUGUGUUUAAAGCCAUUAAAACCUGCAUCACAUCCUC